UCCGGUGUCACAGUCCGUGUUCAGGUAUGAGCCAGGCCCGGUUCUGAACGUCCAGGAGGGGAAAGCAGCGGACCGACACCGGCUGAGGACAGGUGUGUGUGUGUGUGUGUUUGGAUGCUGGAGCGCGCACGAUGCUGAGCGCCGUGAAGAUGGAAGGACACGAACAUCCGGACUGGAGCACCGGCACCGGCACCGGCACCGGGGGAGGAUACUACGGAGAGAGCGAGUGUUACUCCGCAGGAGUCAACAUGAACUCCUACAUGAGCGCGCCUGCCAUGACCGGCACCGGGCACAUGAACGCGCACUACGUGAACCAGGUCGGGGUCAGCCACGGCUCGAUGCCCGCCGGGGGGUUGUGUCAGAGCCCCGGGGCCGUGGUCCAAGCCGGAGCCGGGAUAACGAGCCUCGGCGCGGGGCUGCCGCCGAGCAUGAGCCCCAUCAGCCCGCCGCCGUACGGGAACAUGCCGGUGAUGAGCCCGGUGUACGGGCAGGCGGCCUGCGGGAUCCGGUCCAGGGAGCCCAAGCCGUACCGGCGCAGCUACACGCACGCCAAGCCGCCGUACUCGUACAUCUCGCUGAUCACCAUGGCGAUCCAGCAGUCCGGCAGCAAGAUGCUGACCCUCAACGAGAUCUACCAGUGGAUCAUGGACCUGUUCCCGUUCUACCGGCAGAACCAGCAGCGCUGGCAGAACUCCAUCCGGCACUCGCUCUCCUUUAACGACUGCUUCAUCAAGGUGCCGCGCCUCCCGGACAAACCGGGGAAGGGCUCCUUCUGGGCCCUGCACCCGGACUCGGGGAACAUGUUCGAGAACGGGUGUUACCUCCGGAGGCAGAAGCGGUUCAAGUCCGGGAGGAAGCCCGACACAGGUGACAAGGAGGCGGCCGGAGGGAAGCCGGGCUCCUCGGAGGUGGGCUCGGUCAGCAGCACCAGCGACUCCGACUCCCCGCACUCCUCCUCCUCACCUCCUCCACCUCCUCCACCUCCACCUGCGGCCUCAGAGGUGAAGGCCGCCGGGGUGGAGCUCAGAGCGCACCGGGCUGACCUGCUGCCGUCCAGCCCGGUGCGCAUGCCCUCCCCGCACCUGUUCUCCCACCACCACCAGCACCACCACCACCACGCGCUGCUGCUGCACGAGGCCGCGCACCUGAAGCCGGACCACUACCCCCACCACCCCCAUCAUCACCCCCACCACCCACACCUACUACUCCUUCAACCACCCGUUCUCCAUCAACAACCUCAUGUCCGAGCCGCAGCACCACAAACUGGACCCGGUGGUGCAGUACGGAGGGUACGGCUGCCCGGUGUCCGGAGCGCUGGUGGCGGCUAAAAGCGGCCUGGACCCGGGUCACACCGACACCGGCUACUACCGAGGCGUGUACACGAGACCCAUCAUGAACUCCUCCUGAAGCGCGCGGGACUUUUUCUACCUGUUUCCAU